AUGGAGGAUCUUUGGCGCGGUUUUGCACAGCAAGGAGUGAAUGAAGGUUUGACCAAUGAAGACGAGACUGCAGAACAACGAGAAGAGCGGGAGCGCAUGCGAGCAGCGGCUUGGGAAGCCAUGCUGAUAGAAGGGAUGGAUGGUGCGAUCGACCCAUCGCUCACACAGGGAGCACCUAUUGCCCCGAAAACUGGCGAAAAUGACGACUUCCAAUCACGCAUCCGGAACACUAUGAACAAGCUCAAGGAGAGCGAGUCAGGCUUGAAGUCAUCGGAUCCGAGUAGUUCUGCUACUAGUGCUGAUUCACUCGAGGCGCUUCUAUCUCAAUUCGGAGACGAUGAUGAAGAAGAGAUGCAGGGUGUCCUAGAAGCCAUGAUAGGCCAGCUUAUGGGCAAGGACGUCCUGUACGAGCCCUUAAAAGAACUCUCGGACAAGUUCCCGGACUACCUCAAGGCCAAUGCAAGUACAUUAACGUCCGAUGAUAAGUCACGCUACGAUGCGCAGAUUAUCUGCAUGAAGCAACUCCUCGAAAUUUUUGAAUCGAAAGAUUACGCUGACAACGACGACAAGACGAGAAUGAAAAUCGUCGACCUCAUGGGCGAGGUGCGUCAGCUCCAAGCCUACUAAACUCGACAUACCAUUGACAUCGCCGGUACAAUCACAGCUUCAAAAACAUGGGUCUCCCCCAGAGGAAAUCAUGGGCCCUUUACCCCCUGCAUUGAACAUGGGCGCUGACGGUAUGCCAAAUAUGCCUGAUAACUGCGUUAUCAGUUGAAUGCAUAUCGGCCGAGGGGAUGAAUAACUUUAAGGGAAUACCUGGGCGU